UGUAAACUUACUGAAAACCUGAGUCAGACAGCUGAUCUGGGACAACACGGUGACAGCUCCUGCAGAGAGGACUCAGUGUGUGUCUGCUUCCAGCCCAUAAAGCUCGGAUCACCUCCUGUCUGCUUUUAUUUGCACAGUUAAAGCACCGAGGGGUUUGUUUGUUUUGAUGGACAGUCUGGAUCAGCUGUUAUAAGCAGGCAUGUCUGAGCUUGUCCAGGCACAAACCCACAUGACCAACAUGGCAGGUGUCUGUGCAGGAUCCCAUCAUGCCCCCUAAGAGACGUGCUGCUACUGCUGCUGCCUCUGCCAGUGUGGGUGGAAAAAAGGGCAAAAAGGAGACACCAAAGGCCAAGGAUGCCUUCACUUCUGCAAAAGAAGCCCUCCUGGCUGCAGGGCCACAGCAGAAAGGCAAGAGGAAGGUGGAUGAGCACGCCUCACUGGGAGGCUCUGGGGAGGUGUAUGAGGACUACGACUGUAUGCUCAAUCAGACUAACAUUGGUCAUAACAAUAACAAGUUUUACGUCAUUCAAGUUCUAAAAGAUGGAAAUCAGUUCUAUGCAUGGAACAGAUGGGGCAGAGUGGGAGAGGUCGGUCAGUCUAAACUCAGCCCCUUUCCUAACCCUGAGAGUGCUAUCAAGGACUUUGAAAAAAAGUUUAAGGACAAGACAAAGAACAACUGGAGCGAUAGGUUGAAUUUUGUUUCUCACCCUGGGAAGUAUACGCUCAUAGAGGUGGAUGGAGAACAGGACGCUGAGGUCAAGGUGGACACAGUUGAUGGCAAGACCGUCAAAGUGGGCAAAAACAUCCUGCCUUGUACCCUGGACAACGCUACAAAGAGCCUCAUUGAGCUCAUUUUCAGCAACGACAUGUUCAACGAGGCCAUGGAAUGUAUGAACCUGGACAUCAAGAAAAUGCCUUUGGGCAAGCUCAGUAAGAUGCAGAUUGCAAAAGGCUUUGAGGUGCUGGAGGAGAUUGAAAGUGCCAUGAACCAGAGAGGUGGAAAAUCACGACUGGAAGAGUUGUCUUCCAAGUUCUUCACCACAAUCCCACACAACUUUGGGCGAAACAGACCACCAACCAUUGACAACAAAGAGAUUGUAGAGCAGAAGAAGGAGAUGCUGAUGGUGCUGGCUGACAUCGAGCUUGCCCAGACUCUGAAAUCAGAGACUGAAAAGGCCCAGGAAGAGAUGAUCGAGACAGUUCCUCACCCUCUCGACCAGGACUAUAGUUCUCUGAAAUGCAAGCUCAGUCUAAUGGACAAAGAUACAGAAACAUUCAAGAUAAUAGAGAAAUACUUGAAUGCGACUUCAAAUGGCUAUUGUAAACCCAAAAUUAUUGACGUUUGGGUGGUUGAUCGAGAGACAGAGGGACUGCGGUUUAGUGAGAAUGAUCAUCUGGAAAACCGGCGUCUGCUGUGGCACGGUACAAAUAUAGCUGUGGUGGCAGCGAUCCUGAAGAGUGGUCUGCGCAUAAUGCCUCAUUCAGGAGGCCGUGUUGGUCGUGGUAUUUAUUUUGCAUCUGAAAAUGGAGUGUCUGCAGGUUAUGUGCGCAAAAGUAAAAAUACUGGAGUGAUGUUUUUGAACGAGGUAGCUCUUGGCAAAGAGUAUACAAUCACCAAAGAUAACAGCUCGUUGAAGAAGGCUCCUCAAGGCUUUGACUGUGUCGUAGCACGAGGAACUGUGGAACCAGAUCCCUCCAAGGACAUCUUUAUCACCCUGGAGGGGAAGCAGGUGGCUGUGCCUCAGGGUCCGCCCAAAAAACAACCCCAGUACUCAGACAGCCACUUCAGCAACAGUGAAUAUCUCAUCUACAAAGAGAGCCAGUGCCGCCUGCGCUACCUGCUGGCACUCAACAUGUAGUUUAAAGACAGGUUUCCUCUCAUUCUGUUUUUAUAAGGGGCUUCCUACUAGGCUUGUCGAGGAUGUUUUCUGAGGUUCUGAUUCCUGUUUUUAUUUUACGGUUAUUGUGUGUAUGUUGCUAUCAUGACCUCUUUAAUGUGCCUUAUAUUUUAAUAAUACUAAUAAUUUCAUUUAUAUGGUACCUUUCAAAACUUACUGCUCCACAAACAAGGACUGACACAAAAAUUAAAACCAAGUAGCAAAUUAAACCAGUAAAGGUCAAGAUGAAAAAUAUGAAUGAAAGUAGCGCUUAAAAUAAUAAAUUACUUCAAAUCUUGAACGUGAAUUGAAAGAGGAGAGGUCACUUUGCACUUUUCAGAAUAUGAAUGUAACAAAUAAAUAAGACAAAAAAAAAUCUUCAUUUAGUUUUUCUAUUAACCAUGAAAAACACAGCAUCCUUUAGCAUCUCUAACACUGGUGUAUUGCAUUUCAUUCAGGUUGUAAAUGUCCAGGCCUUCAGAUAUUUGCACUGUAAGGAAAUGCUGUAGAAUGUUUUGCAGUUUAGAUUCAGUUUGCUGUACCUUGUUUACAUAUUGCACUAAGCAUUGAAAGAAAAUCACUUGGAAAGAUGAAGGAUCUUUUUAGGAGGAGGGAAAUUUCCAAAUGCCUUGUAAUUACAUAAAACUUUAAUCUGAGUUUUGACACUAAUUGGAGCAGAGGUGAAAGUGGUCUCCUAUGCACAGAAAAGUUUACAGGUUGGGAGUGUAAAAAUGCAGUUUUGUGUAUGACUUUCAAGCGUUGUUAUCAUGCUAAUAUGUGUUGAACUAUGGAAUGUGCAAGGAAUGAAAGUCUUGGACAUGUCUUGCUCUGCAGGUCUUAUAGCUAAAUAACACAUUCCACCAUGUGGUGUCAGUAGAAAGCAAUGUUCAUGAAAUGCAACAGCCUUAGCAUUUUUGCACUUAAAUAACUGACUAUCUAAUAAAAUGAAAUUUCCCUCCAA